GCUGCCAUGGACGGAGCCCCGCCGCCCCCCGGCCCCAGCGGGCUCUCGGGGUACGUGGCCGUGUCGCAGCUGCUGGGCCUGACGCUCCUGGCCACCGCAGGUGCCUGGCUGGGCCGCUACCGGGGCGGCGUGGCCUGGCACAGCCCCCUGCAGUUCAACGCGCACCCCCUCUGCAUGGUGCUGGGUAUGGUGUUCCUCCAAGGUGACGCUCUCCUGGUGUACCGGGUGUUCAGGCAUGAAGCCAAGCGCUCCACCAAGGCACUGCACGCACUGCUCCAUGGGCUGGCGCUGGUCAUCGCCCUCGUGGGCAUCAUUGCUGUCUUCGAGUCACACCGGACUAAGGGCAUCCCUGACAUGUACAGCCUGCACUCCUGGUGUGGGAUGGCCACCUUCGUGCUCUACCUCCUGCAGUGGUUCCUGGGCUGUGGUUUCUUUCUGUUCCCCAGUGCCUCCUUCUCGCUGAGAGGGUGGUACAAGCCCCAGCACAUCUUCUUUGGCAUCACCAUCUUCAUUCUCUCCAUCACCUCCUGCUUGUUGGGCAUUACUGAGAUGCUUCUCUUCAAAAUCAGUGAUUCCUACAGCCACUUUGUGCCUGAGGGCAUCCUGGCCAACACCCUGGGCGUGCUGCUGGUGACCUUUGGGCUGGUGGUGGGAUACAUGUUGACACGGGAGGAGUGGAAGCGCCCACCGCUGGCAGAGGAGCUGGCCCUGUCCAUGGACUUCAAGACCCUGACAGAGGGAGAGAGCCCUGAUGGUGGGAGCCAGUGA